GCUGGGAAAGCGAGGAGUUUAUAACUGUCGACACUGGUUUGUGACUCUUAUAAGCCGGUUACUACGCCUUAUUCAUUGCAGGAACCGCUUCUGCUGUUGUCAGCAGCGUGUCUGCUCGCUUCCUACCUGGGUUGAUCGGCCGGUUUACGUCUCUGGCUUGCGAGGCCAGAAUUCCUUUCCAACAUGGCUCCGAAAGAUACGUUCUUCCGCUCGGCGGAUAUGAGCUUGACUCAGCUGUAUAUCGCAAAUGAAAUCGGUCGAGAGGUUGUGAGCGCCUUGGGUGAGGUGGGACAGGUUCAGUUCCGAGAUCUCAAUCCCGACACGAAUGCCUUCCAGCGAACUUUCACCAAGGAAAUUCGUCGUCUCGAUAAUGUUGAAAGACAGCUCCGUUAUUUCGCCUCGCAAAUGGAGAAAGAUAAUAUUACCAUGCGACCCUCGUCCGAGUUUGGGAACACGCUUGCUGCUCCUUCGUCCGCCGAAAUUGAUGAACUUGCCGAACGAAGCGAGAGCCUGGAACAACGUAUCGCUUCGCUGAAUGAUAGCUACGAGACGUUGAAGAAGCGGGAAAUGGAGCUUACUGAAUGGCGCUGGGUUUUGAGGGAAGCUGGUGGAUUUUUCGACCGCGCUCAUGGACAUACUGAAGAAAUCAGAACAUCCGUGGAUGGCGAGAGUGACGAUGCUCCACUUUUGCAGGAUGUCGAGCACCAGGUUCCGGGAGCGCAGAACGGCGACACGCAGCAAUCUUUUUCCGUCAUGAAUAUUGGUUUCGUUGCCGGUGUUAUCCCCAGAGAACGCAUUGGUUCCUUCGAACGCAUUUUGUGGCGUACUCUGCGUGGAAAUCUCUACAUGAAUCAAUCCGAAAUUCCCGAGCCGAUCAUUGAUCCUGCUACAAACGAAGAGAUACACAAAAAUGUUUUUGUCAUCUUCGCUCAUGGUAAAGAGAUUUUGGCGAAAAUCAGAAAGAUUUCGGAAUCGCUCGGUGCGAGUUUGUACGGUGUAGAUGAGAACAGCGAGCUUCGUCGUGAUCAGAUUCAUGAAGUGAACACUCGUCUUGGAGACGUUGAAAGUGUCUUGAGGAAUACCAAGAACACAUUGGAUGCUGAGUUGACUCAAAUUGCUCGUUCGCUCGCUGCUUGGAUGAUCAUCGUUAAGAAAGAAAAAGCCGUAUAUCACACUCUCAACAAGUUCUCCUAUGACCAGGCCAGAAAGACAUUGAUUGCGGAAGCCUGGGUCCCUACCAACUCCUUGUCAUUGAUCAAGUCAACCCUACAGGACGUCAAUGAUCGCGCUGGUCUAUCCGUGCCGACUAUCGUCAACCAGAUCAGAACGAACAAGACGCCUCCGACUUACGUCAAGACAAACAAGUUCACGGAAGCAUUUCAGACAAUCAUCAAUGCCUAUGGUAUCACUAAGUACAGUGAAGUCAAUCCUGGUUUGCCCACAAUUAUCACUUUCCCUUUCCUUUUCGCAGUCAUGUUUGGUGACUUUGGUCAUGGUUUCCUAAUGACCCUGACUGCCACCGCAAUGAUCCUUUUUGAAAAGACUCUUCUUCGAACCAAAUUGGAUGAAUUGACCUAUAUGGCAUUCUACGGUCGAUACAUCAUGUUGAUGAUGGGUAUCUUUUCUAUGUACACCGGUCUGAUUUACAAUGACGUCUUUUCUCUGUCUUUUGAGAUCUUCCCUAGUCAAUGGCAAUGGCCUCAUAACAUUGACGAGGGUCAAGCUGUGCACGCAACUUUGAAGCAGGGUUAUCGCUACCCAUUCGGUUUGGAUUGGAACUGGCACGAGGCAGAAAAUGCGCUGUUAUUCACAAACAGUUACAAGAUGAAGCUCAGUAUUCUCAUGGGAUGGGCUCAUAUGACCUACUCUCUUUCUCUGCAAUACAUCAAUGCUCGCCAUUUCAAGUCAAAAGUCGAUAUUUUCGGCAACUUUCUUCCGGGAAUGAUCUUCUUCCAAUCUAUCUUCGGCUACCUUGUCUUUACCAUCAUCUACAAAUGGUCGGUCGACUGGAAUGCCCGUGGAGAGUCUCCUCCCGGUCUGUUGAACAUGUUGAUCUUUAUGUUCCUCAGCCCCGGAACGAUUGAACAACAACUCUAUCCCGGGCAGGCUGGCGUACAGAAAUUCUUGCUAGGUUUGGCUGUGUUGCAGGUUCCCAUUAUGCUCCUUCUUAAGCCUCUCUGGCUGCGAAGAGAACAUAACCGUGCCAGAGGUCUUGGUUACCAGGGUAUUGGUGAACGUGCCCAUGUCAGCGCCUUAGAUGAAGAUGGAGAUAUGAACGGCCGUGCAUCCGAAGGGCGUGACAGUAUGGCCAGUGACGGUGAAGGAGUUGCAAUGAUUGCACAGGACAUUGAUGAAGGAGAACAUGAAGAAUUCGACUUUGCAGAUGAAAUGAUCCAUCAAGUCAUCCACACUAUCGAAUUCUGCCUCAAUUGCAUCUCCCACACUGCAUCCUACCUUCGUCUUUGGGCCCUAUCGCUAGCCCAUCAACAACUCUCCAUCGUUCUCUGGACCAUGACUCUCGGCGGAUCCUUCGGCAUCGAAAGCUCAACCACUCGUAUCAUCAUGAUCGUCGUCGGGUUCUAUCUCUGGUUCUUCUUGACUGUAGCUAUUCUGUGUGUCAUGGAAGGUACUAGUGCCAUGUUGCACUCGUUGCGUCUACACUGGGUUGAAGCCAUGAGUAAGCAUUUUAUUGGAGACGGUAUUCCGUUUCAACCUUUUAGCUUCAAGACUCUUCUUGAAGAGGAUCCUGUUGAUUAAGCUUGUCUUUCGCUCGUUACUUAGGUUUUGAUUGAUUUGUUGUAUCUAACAGUGCAUAAGUGUAGAAAUGUAGAUUACAUGUUUGAUAAUGUUGCCUUGGC